AAUAGUAACAAUGUGGUGUGUCCGACAGGGGGCGACAGAGAUGUGAGGCUGAAAAACAACAACAGCAGAAGAAGAAGGCGGUGGAGGUCUCCUCGUUCUUCAGGCAGCAGAACCAGUCCAGUCCGGUUCGGUCCAGUCCGGUUCGGUCCAGUCCGGUUCGGUCCAGUCCGGCCAUGUUCAGACCUCUGAGGAUCCUCCUCUCUGCCACAAAGUGUCCACUGAGCCGCUGCUGCUCAGGAUACGUGUCCAGGAUGAGGUACGUGAACCGGCUGAAGGAGGAUGAUGAUGCGUGCGCUGCAGCGCUGCAGAACGGUCGCAUUUUUCUGUUCCACAGUUUGUCUCCUCUGCUGCAGCACACCGACAGAGGAACCUUCAGAACAUCAGCACUCACCGGGUCAGACUUGCAGCCAGUUCUGGAGAACCUCGGCUCCGACAGGUCUCUGUUGAAGGAGUCGGUUCUGAUUGGCUGCUCUGAACAGAACCAGGCUCAGUUCUGUCUGGACGUUGGAGAACUGGACCAGGCAGCAGUAGAAGAACGGUGUGGAGGAACCUUUGUGGAUCUGAGGAAGGCCUUCUUCCUUCUGAAGGGGGCUGAGGCGCCUCUGGUGGCCAAGGGUCAGGCUCUGCUGCGCUGGCAUCAGACCAACGGGUUCUGCAGCGCUACGGGUCAGCCGACCCAACGGAACCAGGCUGGCAGCCAGAGGUUCUGCAGCAGCAGCUCCACCACCUACUACCCACAGAUGUCUCCGGUAAUGAUCGUCCUGGUGUCUGAUGGGACUCGGUGUCUGCUGGGUCGCCAGGCGUCCUUCCCUCGGGGGCUCUACAGCGCUCUGGCCGGCUUCUGUAACAUGGGUGAGACUCUGGAGGAGACUUUGCGUCGGGAGGUGGCGGAGGAGGUGGGCCUGGAGGUCCAGAACAUCUCCUACAGCUCCUCACAGCACUGGCCUUUCCCUCACAGCUCCUUCAUGGUGGCCUGCCACGCCUCUGUUAGCCCCGCCCACUGUCAGGUGGAUGUGGACCACUCGGAGCUGGAGGACGCUCGCUGGUUCUCUCUGGAUGAGAUCACCUGUGCUCUGCAGGUGAAGGCUCCGCCCAGGAGAGGCGACCCCCCCGCCAUCUGGCUGCCGCCGCCACACGCCGUCGCAAACCGCCUCAUCAGGGAGUGGGCGGACCGCCAGCGACACGGCAAGGACGGACCGUAGCUUCCAAUCAGAGCUCAGAGGAGGUGGCCACACGUGUUCCUGACACGUCUGAUGUGUUCCUGAUGUUCUCCUUUUGUGAUCCUAGCAUGUCCUUAAUGUGUUUCUGACAUGUUACCAGUAUGUUCCCAAUAUGUUCUUCACACGUUCUUCAGGUGGUCCCAGUGAGUCCUUCACAUGUUCUUCACAUGUUCCUGACACGUUCUUCACGUCAGCAGGUGCUGCUCAUAGAGAACCUUUGUGUUCUCUGAUAGAACCCUGAAGAUCUCCUCCUCAGAGCUCUGAGACGACUGAUGAGAAACAAACACAACUGGUUCCACAUGUUCCUGAAUCAGGACUGACAGUCAUGUGACCCUCAGCCUUCAUCAUGUGUAGGACCAGGACCGGGACCGGGACCGGCUGCAGCCUGUGAGGAUCCGAGUUGUCAGGUUUCCUCAGAGCAGCAGCAGGUUUAUGAAGGAACGUUGAGAACUCGUCCUGGUUCUGUAUGUUGAGGUUCUGUGUGUUCUCCACAGAACAACCUGUCUGUUAGUUUCCUCCAGCAGUCUGAACACAAACAGAUGUUUAAUUUUCUUUGAUCUUCUGAAUACUUUCAUGUGGUUUCAAUGAAGAGUAUUUUAAAUAAUUUAUGACAAACGUCAGUAAUAAUUUCUGUGUAAAACAUGGAACUACCUCUGAGUUAUUUACCGUCUGAUCUGAACACUUCAAUAAAACAUAGAGAGAUUUUAAAAAGCUGCUUUUGGUUUCAAAAGACUGAUGGAAAAAAAAGUCAAAUCAGCAGAAAAGCAUUUAAAACCCAGCAGUUCCAGAAGAAAUGGAAGAGAACAUUUAUUUAUGAGAGUCCUGUCUCUUCUUCUUCUGUGGUGUUUUUGUUCAGGAUGUCUCAACUCCAGGCAGCAAACAGAAGAAAUGUGGAAAUAAAAAGCAGGAAACAGAGAAAGGUUGUGGUCAUUUAAUGAAGAAUAUGUUGAACAUGUUUAGUGACAGAAAUCUGCUAAAAACAAUAAAAACACAAAGAGCAGCUUCAAAUGACAACACGAUAAAGAUUAGAUGUUCUCCUGGUUCUGUGGAACACUUAGAAUUCUGUGGUUGAUAGAAAACAUCAGCCUCAUGUGGCAGAGGUGACCAGAGCGCCACCCAGUGGUUGUAGCUUCCUGCAGGUAAAUGAAGGUAAACAGAACGCAGAACCUGGAGACGAACUGACAUCAGAACCUCAUUUCACCGAUUUCCAGCUGAUCUUUGGCAGAAGACUGAAGACCUAUGAGGUCAUUUUACAGAUAUCCAGUCCUACGACGCUGACUUCACUUUCCAAAGACGACUGAUGAUACAGAGUGGAGUCACAGUGGGGCUAACUGGAGCUACGCUACUGCUACCUGUAGGGAUGUAGCACUGGAUCCCACCGCUGGAUCCCACCGCUGGAUCUUACUAGUGGUAGGAUCCAGUGGAUCCAGUGCACGUGCGUUACGUCCCGACAUAUUGUUUUCUUGCAGUAAAAAUGCUGAUCUGUAGCUGAUAAAUAAUCAGACUCUUGAGGAUGAAGCAGCAGCUGGAGCUCCUUUAUUUUAUUAUUAUGAUUUUCAUUUUUAUUAUUUUAGCUGCUGCAUUUUAUGAUAGUUAUUUUAUAUUUUCAUUGUUAUUUAACCACUUUAUUUUUUUAUUAUAUUAUGAUUUUCAUUUGUGUUAGUAUUUUGGUUAUUUUAUAUUUUUUAUUAUUUUAGCUACUUUAUUAUAUUGCUAUUUUAUAUUUUUAUUAUUAUUUAACUACUUUAUUUUAUUAUUAUUACAUUACUAUGUUAUAUUUUUUCCUAGUUUUUUAGCUGCUUUACACGACUUUAAAUCCAGUUUUAAAACAUUUAUAAAGGUAUUUGUGGAACGUCACAUACAGAACAGCGUAUCCGUGUUUUUGGACGCUUUCUGCGUGUUCUUCAGUCUUCUUUCACGUCCUUCCAUAGGACCUGCUGACACUUGACUAAUACUUGGCUAAUAGGGGGGGCAUGGCUCAGUGGGCGUCUUGUAACAGGAAGGUUGCCGGUUCGAUCCUCGGCCCGUCGUGCUCAUGUCGAGGUGUCCCUGAGCAAGACACCGAACCCCUAAUAGCUCCUGGUGGGUCGUGGUUAGCGCCUUGCAUGGUAGCUCCCACCAUCAGUGUGUGAAUGGGUAAAUGUGACGUAUCAUCAUGUAAAGCGCUUUGGAUAAACCAUUUACUUGAAGACAUUUUGUGGAUUUAGGAAUUUGAGGGUUUCGAUCAAGCUUUUGGAACGUUUUUACCUUAUUUCAGAUGGUUCAUGAAUACUUUGGAACAUUUAGUGCAUUUUUAUUUAAUCUGAUGCUUUGUUAAUCAUUAAUAUAAUGAUCCUGAUUUUUAAUGCUAAUAUUAACACUUUGGAGGCAUUUAAUGGUAGUUUUUAUUCUUGCUUUAAUAAAACAUUUGGACUACU